AUGUCAGACAUACAGAAAAGACUCGAACAGAUACAACAAGAACAGAGCAGCAUUGGUGAAGUAAGUAAGGACAAGAUAAAGGAAAUGGUUGCAAAUGCUACGAAUAGGUACUAUUCUUCACAACAAUCAUCAAAACAACAAUCUUUAUUAUCAAAAAUGCUUCCAAGUUGCUAUCCAAAGGCAUCAGUCGAAGGCACAUUCAAAGUCAAUAUACAAGAUAUGAACAUGGACAAUCUGCACGAAGAGACUGUCUUCUACAUAUUCUAUUCGUUUCCAGGAGACGAGCUGCAACUCAAAGCAUACAACAACAUCAUUAAGAGAAAGUACAUAUUCUGUAAAAUAUACAAGUGCUUUGUUUUCCUGACUACCAGUGCUGUGGUGGAUCACAUCAAAAGAUCCAUCGUGAUGUUUGAUCCAUACACAUGGUCAAAGGUAUCUGUAGAAGUGUCAUUUGAUGAAAAGUUCAUCAGGUCAUUGGAAAAAUAA